AUGGCCGACACUACUACUAACAAUGAUGCGUCGUCGUUAUCCAUGACACCUGCCGAAACAACCAAACUCUCCAAGCUUCUAGCCUAUGUGCUUCGACAUGGUGCUGCCAAGGAAAAGCUAACAAUGCGUUCGGAUGGAUAUUUGUUGUUGUCAGAUCUGCUGGCACGACCCAAGUUUAAGAAUAUCACGCAAGAGCAGAUUGAGUAUGUCGUGAGGACCAAUGACAAGCAACGCUAUGCACUAGCGCAAUUGGAGGAUGGCCAAUGGUACAUUCGUGCGAAUCAAGGACACUCGCUCAAGGUCGAUAAUGAGCAGCUGCUUGAACGAUUGACGACUCCUCUUCCGGUGGUUGUCCACGGCACUACUCAAGAGAACUGGGAAAUUAUCAAACGCGAAGGACUCAAAAAGAUGCAACGCCAUCACGUACACUGUGCUACAGGGUUGCCAGGCGACACAGGUGUCAUUAGCGGUAUGCGGAAGACCAGUGAAGUAUUCAUUUACAUCGACAUGGCAAAGGCAUUAGAAGAGGGAAUGACCUUUUAUCGAUCAAAGAAUCAAGUCAUUUUGACAGAAGGAAAGGAUGGUAUUGUAUCACCAGCGUAUUUCUCUCGCGUCACCGAUCGUCAUGGCAAUUCAUUGCUGUAA